AUGAUUCCAAAUAAUAACACUAAAUAAUCUUUUCAAGACUUGACUAAAAAGAUUAUAUUGGCUACCAAUAUACUUGUUAAUAAGAUUGAGAUUAAAGCUCAUGAAUAUUAGACUUUUUGGGAAUUACUUAAUGAAGUUUAAGAUAAUGCUUCCAUUUAUGUUCUUGAAUUAUUAAAAAUUAUUGAUUAAACUGAAUAUAAAAGAAAAAAAGAACCAUAUAGUUUAGAAAGUUUACUUGCUACUUUGUUAACAAUUAGUAUGUUUAAAAAUGUCGAAAAUGUUAAAAAAUAAAAAGAUUUUAAGGAAGUAAAAUAAAAUUGGGAUCAUCAUAUUGUUAGUGCUCAUAAAAAAUAAUAACUAAUGAAUCCAUACUCUAUAUCAAUAGUGUGUAAUUUACACUUUAUUUUCGAAUCCCAAUAGUUAGAAGAUACUAAUUUUACAGGUUUUUUAAUAGGUGCAGUUGCAUUUAUGCCAGAUUUAUUUAAAGUUGCUAAGCCUGAAAACAUUGAACUAAUGUAUGAUUCUUUGAAAUAGCAUUAUUAAUUGGUUGAGUAAUAUGGUAAAACAGUAAGAAUUAAAAACGAUUCCUUUUAUAAUUUAUUACUGGAUGAAAGAUUUGAUUUACAAGAAACUGGAGAAUUUAUGUUUUGCUAUGAAUAUUUAAUUAAACAAAUAAGAACUAAAUACAAAAAAUCAAGCAGAGUUUAUUACGAUUCAUUAUUAAAAUAUUUUAAGAUGAUUCCAUUUAUAGCUUAAGAUUUUCCAGAAUAAGCAGAAAAAUCUGCAUUAUCACUAUUGCAUAUGACAAAAUAAUUGAUUACUUUUUAUUGUUGUGAAAUAGUUGAUCUUUUGAAAUCACUUCUUAAUUAAAUAGAAAUAUUUAGAAGAUGGCCAUUUCCAGUUGGAGUAAUGGCAAAUGAAUUGGUUUAGAUAUUAUAUUAAGAAUAAAAAUCAAGAGGAAAUGCCUUUAGAAUGAAGAUUAGAGAAGAAAUUCCAUAGAUUGAUUUUUUAGAUGAUGAUUAAUUUUAAGAAUUAUAAGAUUAAAGUAGUUAAGAUUAAUAAAUUCCUAUAUCAGGAUUAGCAUAACCAAAAUAAGAAUCAUAAAUAUUAUCUGUCUAUGUAUUUUAUGAAAAUAGAUAAAAUAAUGCAAAUAAUGUAUUAUAAUAUGCAUAAUUUGUUUUAAGAAAUAAGAAUCCAAAUAAUGCAUAAUUAUACACCCCAAAUAGUUUAAGAUGUUAUAUUUGUGCAUAAAUAUUGUAAUUAUAUCAAAAAAAAAAUGUAUAAUUUGAAUUAUUUAUAAUUAGUAAGGAAAGAAUCCAACUCCACAAUUAUCAGCAUUCAAAGAAGUAGAUAUAUUUAAUUUAUACUGUAAACUGUUGACAAUUGUUGAGAAAUGUGAUAAUUUGGAUUCUAUUGCUGAUAUAGAAUUAAUAUAUGAAAAUGCUUUUGAUGAAAUAACUAAAGACUUAAUUAAACAUAGUUAAGAACCAAAUAUUAAUUAAAAAGAAGUUCAAGCAGUAAUGAAUAAUCAAGUAAUUAAUAAUUUUGAUUAUUUUUAGUUAUCGAUUCCUGAUUUUCCUUUGUUUUAUUUUCAUAAUGUAAUAUAGAAAAGUUUUACUUUUACUGCUCCAAAACAAUCUUUUUUAAAAUUAGAAUAAGGAUAAUAUAUGGCACCUAAUUAAUUAAUUAAAGAGUUUAUUUAAAGAGCAUAUGAUAACCAUAUGCCUCUACAUACAGAACCAUUAAGAUUGUUAGUAGUAGGAUCAGAUGCAGAAUUAUUUGAAGUAUGUAUGUUGUUAGGGGAAAUAUAUUUAAAGGAUCCAUUCUUAUUGAGAACUUUGGAUAUUAGAGUUUUUAUUGUUCCAACUAAGGAUUGUGCUUUGGCAUAAUUUCUUGCAGUAAAAGAUCCAUGGUAUUAAAGAUAUCUUUAUUUACCUUUUAUGGAAGAUAUUCUGAUUCCAAAAUUAGAAUCUAUUAAAGAAGAUAAUAAUAAAUAUGUUUAAGAAGCAAAUAAAGUGUUAGGAUAAUUACCUUUAGAAUAAAAAGCUUGGUGUUUAAAUACAUAUUUAAGAGAAGGGAAUAGAGCUUAUAAUGUUAGAGUUUAUAAGCUUAAAAUCUUUUAAAAAAAUUUAAGUUAUGGAGGAAUAGCAAUGACUGAAUAAAUGUAAGGUUUAAAUGCAAAACCUUCAAAUUCAACUGAUGGAAUUAUGAAAAGUACUCUGUUCUUUUGUUCAUAUGUAAUGUUUGGUGCUAUUGCUGAAUUUGAAUUACAAAAAGAGAAGUCUAAGGAUGAAAAAUUAUAGAAAUUAUCAUUUUAUGAUUUUAAAGAAAAAAACCUUUGUAAAUUUUAAUAUUUAAAUAUCAACAUGUAAACUGAAUAAACUGAUAUGCUUGGAAAUAUUACAGCGAAUAUCAAUAAAGACGAUAAGAUUUAAGUUUAAUUACAUAAUUGCAAAAUUAACAAUGUCUAUACAGAUUUUUUUGAGGGUAAUAUGCCUAUGCCUCAUACUGAUUGGCUAGAGUUAUCUUAUAUUACUUAUGAAAAUUCUAAAUUAUUUGAUAGUGGAUUGAGACAAAAAAACAUUUUUAAAAAACAUUCUUAAGGUAUUAUAUUAUAAAUAACUUAAGAAUCAAUAUAAAAUGCAUUUAAAUCUUUAUUUACAAAUAUUUCAAUAACAAAGAUUAAUGUAGAGGAAGCCACUAAAAAACCAUUUUCAAUAAUUGUUGAUGGAAAUAUAUAUACAGAUGUAGUUUAAUUUAAGAUUUGUAAUACUCAUAUGAAAAAAGCAAAGAUUGCUUAAACAUAAAAAAAGAAGGAUAAUCCAGUUGAUUUAAGUUCAAUAAAACAUUUGAAUUUACCAGUGAUGAGUUUUUUACCAUUCAAAGUAUGAAUACAUUAAUCUAUAUAAAUAAUUGUCAUAAAUUAAGAAUUUAAUUAUAAAAAUGAAAUUACCAAGUAUUAAUAAACCAACAUCAGCAUAAUCAGGAAAUCGAUAAUUACCACCAAGGUAGAGUAAUAAUGGAAUAAGCAAUUUAGAAAAGAAUUUAUUUAAUAAACUUAAUGAAUAUGAUGAUUUAAAUAAGAUUGAUACUAAAAAGAUUUAGGUUUCAGAGGUGAAGUUUAAUAAUAAGAAAAUAGAUAAUUCUAAUGAUCAAAUGGAAUCUUUAGCUAAGAGAGCAAAUACUUUGAAAAAUUAUAGUUAAACAGAGAAGAUCAAAGAUUUAAAAUCAUCAUAAUAAUAAAAACAAAAAUAAUAAGACACUGUUUUUUUGACUCAUAAUUAAUAGGUUAAAUCAGAAGAAUCUAAUAGUGAUUAGAAUGAUAGUAAUUCUGAUAGUAGUAUAGAGGAUUUAUUAUAGAAAAGUAGAACAUUGGAUAAAUAGAAAAAAGUUAUGUUAAAUUUUGAAGAUGAUAGUGAAGUUGGAUAAUUAAAUAAGAUGUUAUUUUAAAGUAAGAUUAUAAAAGUGUAUAAUUGAUAGCUGAUAUUGAUUUAGAUGAAUAGUUUUAGAGUAUGUGCAUUUUGAAAAAAACAAUAUCAUAGAUGUAAGAAUCAAUGAAAUCUUUGGGAUAUGGAAUCAAUGAUAACUUAAUGGAUGAAUUGAAUUAAUAAUAUGAUGAAAUGAUAAAGCUGCAAAGGGAAUCCUAAGUAGCUAAGUGAAAUUAAUUAGGCAAUUGAAGAAUAUUAAAUGAAAGAGAGCAAUUAAAAAAAUAAAAUGCCUGCAUUACGUUCAAACAGUGUUAAUUAAUAAAAAAAAUAGAAAAAAUGAUGAAAUGAC